AUGCCUCCAAAGAACAAGCAGAAUAACAGCUCUGCAGCUACAUUCAAGGUCGACAAUUACUGUACUGCUCUUCUCGAAGCACUAAAAGCCCAAGAUGGAAUCAAACUACGUGCCUGUUUCGCCCUACAGGACGAUCAUACAACUGCCGUAAAGUCUGAACUGUCUCGCAUCUCAAACAUAUUCAGGUACCUAAACGACAUGGGAAUAGAAGAACCAUGGCUACCACUCGUAUCCCACCAUUUCAAAGUCAUUGCUGCUCUACCGUCUGCCUCUCCUAAUGCUCCUUCUCACGCUAUUGAAUUGGCUGUCGAUCAAUUGGCGCUCUGUGAUGCGCUACAUGCCAUGUAUCCAAGUAAUUCAAUCCAAAAGUGGGCAUUGCCUGCUUUGUAUGCUGUGGACUUGGAUCUGGUCAGGUUGACUGCAAAGGCCGAUACAGAACUACUGAAACGAGGUGAAAAGGCAACAAAGAGUGAAGGUGCUGUGUCUGCUCUACGUAGUGCGUUCAGUGUCUGCUUGUCUGAUAGAGCACUUCCACACAUAUCACGGCGCUGGGGAACAUACUACACAGCCUGUCUCAUGUUCCGAGUCUUUUUCAGACUGAAAUCCCUACAUUUGUGCUCAAAUACUCUGAGAUCCAUCCAGUCAAACGAUCUGCAGCCGCUAGAUGUCUUUCCGAUAUCUCAUAAAGUUACAUUCAAAUAUUAUGUUGGCGUGCUGGCUUUUUAUAAUGAGCAGUAUAAGAAGGCAACAGAAGAAUUGGAAUAUGCAUUACAGCACUGUCCAGGAAAAGGUGAUAGGAGAGCUAAAUGGAUGAACAAUCGAAGACUGAUUCUAAAUUAUUACAUACCGGCACGAAUGCUACAAGGCUAUCUACCUCCACCAAAUCUCCUCUCCAAAUGCCAAUCCAUUGCUGACCUCUACUCUCCCUUCGUUACCGCCAUAAAACUCGGCAAUGUACGCAUGUUUGAUGAUGCUCUACUCGAAAAACAAAAGGAUUUGAUUGAUCAUGGGACUUUUUAUGCUAUUGAGAGGUUGCGGAUUGUGUCUUUGAGGGUGCUGUUUAAGAAGGUGUGGAUGAUCAAAGGCCAAACAACAAGGCUACCACUUAGUGCAUUCAAAGAUGCGCUCAAAUUUGUGGGAGAGGACUCGUCACUGGAUGAAGUUGAAUGUUUGUUGGCGAAUAUGAUUGACAAGGGCUAUAUAAAAGGAUACUUGUCGCAUGAGCAAUCGACGAUAGUUUUGAGUAAAGACAAGGCGUUUCCAGCUUUGCUCACUGUGUCGUAA